UCUCUCUCUUUCUCCAGAUAGAAGAUGAUGGAAAGGCAGAACAGUGUAACAAGCUGAGGGUGGGAGAUGAGCUGGUGAAUAUUAAUGGAUCAGCCCUGUAUGGUUCACGACAAGAGGCCCUCAUCCUCAUCAAGGGAUCCUAUAGGAUACUGAAGAUCACCGUACGCAGACGCAGUAUACCUGUGAUCAGGUCUCACUCCUGGCAUCUGACCAGGCUGUCAUCAUCAGAGUCCCCCCCCAGUUCUACCCCUCCCCCCGCUCCCCCCGCCGACACCCUCCCCCCUCCUCCCCGCCCUGCCCCCCCCUCUGCCAUGCAGCUCCACCCUGGGCCCUACACACUACCCUGGCACUCGACAGCAGACACCAGUGAUCUGUCUAUCCAGUGGAAUCAGCUCUCCAGACACUACUCCACAGACCACAGCAGUUCUUUAGGUAGCAUGGAGAGCCUGGAGCCUCCUAGCAGCCAAGUGUACUACGAUUCCCAGAAUUCACCAGUGGACCCUGCCAUCUUCAACAACAAGAGGGACUACAAUUCCCCUGUUGACCCCGGCAUCUUCAACAACAAGAGAGACUACAAUUCCCAGAAUUCCAUAGUGGACCCUGCCAUCUUUAACAACAAGAGAGACUACGAUUCUCAGAAUUCCCCAGUGGACCCUGUCAUCUUCAACAACAAGAGAGACUACGAUUCCCAGAAUUCCCCUGUCGACCCUGUCAUCUUCAACAACAAGAGAGACUCUGCCUAUAGUUCUUUUUCAGCUAGUUCUAAUACGUCUGACUAUACUGUCUCACUGAGGCCUGGUGAAGCCUGUUCCAUGGACAAUAUCCUCCAGAGCCUGGGGCCAGGGGGGCCCACCAGCCAGGGGUAUGCCUGCGGCGAUGCACCGUCCCUUGGGAGGGAGUCAGGCGAGCCCCAAGAUGAGACCAGGACCUCUGCCUUACUAAAGUCUGGGUCGCUGACCAGACCCAGAGUGAGGCGGCCAGAAGCGAAGGAGAGACCAUCUUCAUACUGUUAUGAGGACGAGAGGAGGAAGGGAGGAGGGGAGAUGGGUGGAGGAGAAGGGGAAAGGGAGGUUUCGAGUCCCCCCCAGCCACCGACCAGGAAGGACAGUUUCAGGGCCACCCGGGGUUGCUCCGGGGUCACAGAUGUCAAAGUACAACGAUGCAUCCCUGACCCCGUCGGAAUUCCCAGCCUCUCUCAUUGCCAUGCCGAAGACGAUGGCGACGAUCUUCUGAACAUUCCGGGCGUUCUGAGCAACAACAGCUAUCCUGCUACUAGUGAGACAUCAAAGACUGAGGGAAACAGAAAUGGAAACAGGGUUGGGAAUUUCAAAGGUGAUUCAUUAGAGCAGUACUACACCCUUAUCUCCAAGAAAAAAAGUUCCCGUAAGGACAGCAACUCAGUGAUCCAGAAUAGCCACCCAGACCCCCUUUCCCCCCUCCUCCCUGCCCCAGAGAUAAGCUCCACUUCUCCCAUCUCAAGCUCCGGCCCUCCUGACACCUCCAUAGAUCCAGAACCCUUAGGGGAGCCCAGCCACCUCCUCCCCCAGAACAAGCACUCCUCAUUAGGUCUCUACAGACACAGCGCCCCUGAGAAACUCUUGUCCCAGCUACGUCUCCUAGAGUUCUCCAGCGACCCCUCAGACCCUUCAGACCGUAGCUCCGCCUCCCCCUCCAGCUCCCAGUGGUCUCAUUCCCCCUUUCACCCCACCAGAGAGAACCUAUCUGAGGAUCUAGGGAGUAACAACGCCCCUGUCCAACUCCAGCAGAACCAGGGGAAAUGGGGAGAGGGUGUUGGAGGAGGAGGGAGUCGCUGCUCUUCCCCAGGAUCGGUGGACAUCGAUGGGGUUAGAGAGGCAGGGGAGAUGGGGUUGGUGGUAGGGGGGGCUGCUGCUACUCUCCUCUCUCCCAUCCAGCUCCAACACCCCUGGGCUAGGUCAUUGAGUGUACCAGGGUCAGAGAAGCCUUCUGGAGGCUGUAACCAGGGAGGAGUGAGCUCUGAGCGGGUACGGAAGACAGACUUUGGGCCUCUCAGUGCUGCAGCAAGUGUGGAUAGCCUACUUGAGGAGAAUCUGAGAGGAGGAGGAAGAGAAGAAAUAAGAGGAGAAAGAGAGGAUGAUGAUGAUGGAGAGGUGCUGAUGAAGAAACCCAGGAGUCACCGUUCGUCCCGGUCACGCCGCCGCAGCGAACGCUUCGCCACGAACCUCCGAAAUGAGAUCCAGCGCAAGAAAGCUCAGCUGUCGAAGAGCAAAGGCCCAGGAGGGUUGCUCUACGGCGGGGAGACGGUCGAGGAAGAAGAGGGUCCUGACCUGGAGGACCUCCAGAGGGAAGAGGCUGACGAUCUCAAGGAAAGGUGCUCCCAGGAAAGGUGCUCCCAGGAAAGGUGCUCCCAAGGCAGGUACACCUCGUCUGAUGACAGCCGAUCAGCUCCAGCCCCUGGAAGUCUACUGGCCUCUACUUCCACACCCCAGCUCCACCAGCUGUCCCCAACCCCAGUUUCAGCUCUGCAACCUCCCAGGGAUGAAGAUCCUGAACCACCAGAGGACCAAGACCAAGCGUCAGACCCAUCCAGGACCACCCAGAGGUUGGUUCCAGCCAUGCCCAGCUGCGAUGUGGGAACCCAGGUGGUGGAGGAGCAAGAUCCAGCUGGUAUGGCUCGCCAAUGGAGGUGGACGCCCGAACACAAUUAUCAACUGGAAAUGGACACUGACCGUCAGGGCGAGAGGGUUACAGAGGCCCUGGGGUUAUCAGGACGAGGAAGAGCAACCUCCUCCUCUUCCUCCACCAUCACUCGUUCUUCUCGUACGGAGGAGUGUGAUGUUCUUCCUUUCGCGGAUCGUUGUAAGUUCUUUGAGGAGACCAGUAGGAGUAUGUCUGUGUGGAAUCUGCCAGGCCUGACGAGUCGAAGACAGAGGCCAGAUAGACACGGGAGGCAGCCUCAUCCAUCCACGCUGGACAAUCAGGGAGGGGGCUACGGACAGGGAAAAGCCCAGCGGAGGUACUCGUACCAGGGGGGAAUCCAGAAGGAAAGUCCCCUAUCGAUUACAACCAUGGAGACCCGGAGACAAUUGAUUUGCAGUAACAGGGAUAGAGACAAGGAGGGGGAGAGAGAAAAGGAGGGGGAGAGAGAAAAGGAGGGGGAGAGAGCGAAAGAGAGGGAGAGAGAGAAGGAGAGAGAGAAGGAGAGGGAGAGAGAAAAGGAGAGGGAGAGAGAAAAGGAGAGGGAGAAGGAGAGGGAGAGAGAAAAGGAGAGGGAGAGAGAAAAGGAGAGGGAGUGGGAAAGAGCGAAGAAAAGGGAGGACAGAGCAAGAGAGAGGGAGAUGGCGCUUGAAAGGGAGAGAGAGCGGGAGAGAGAGGAGCAGAGACUAUGCGAAGAGAAGGCUAGACUGAGAGAGAGGGAGAGAGAACGAGAGAAGGAGAUUGAGCUGGCGAGGGAAUGUGAGAGGGAGAUAGAGAGACAAGGAGAGAGGGAGAGAGAGUCACUCAGUACAGCUCUCGACCUCUACAACACUCGGACUCAGCCCCAGGCAUACCAGAAGAACCAGCCCCACUCCUGCCCCCAUCUCCAAGCCCAGAUAGAGGCCCCUCAUUCAGCCUUCCAACCUGUCAAAACCCCUCUCCUCCAGGACAACCAGGCUCCACAUCAGGGGUACCUACCCUAUGGCUACACACCAACAGAGGAGUAUCCUGUCCCAUCCCAGCCGUUACCGCGGGAACAAACACAAAUCAACAGGAAGUUCAGCCUGACCGAGAGGGACUACCCGCGGUACAGACGUGAUUCCUGCACCAGGCCACCAGAUUGUGCUAUAACAGUUACACCACACCACCACCAGCUGGGUCGGAGCGGCAGGCUGUCUGCUUGUAGUGUGGAUGAUCCCACGUCUUCAUCAUCGUCUUCAUCACUACGAAGCAGGGCCAUGUCGGAGAAUGAUCUACGCUUCGACUCCACAUACCACCGUGCUUCCCCCUCGGUUGCUACAGCAACACCGCUUUCAGAGCUGGAGGAGGGAGGCGGGGUUGGUGGAGUGGGAAGUGCUAGGGGAGUGGCUACCAGGAAGAAAACCCCACCCCCUCCCAGGCCGCCUCCCCCCAAAUGGGAGGAAUUCCACCGAAGGAGAGUGUCCCACCACACCCUCUUCGCCUCUUCUCUCUCCUCCACCUCUUCUUCAUCAGUCCAUCCUCUCCCUCUCAGUCCACCAGAGGGUCUAUGCUCUCACUCUCCUCACUCCCCCUGUCCCACAGAAACAUCCAAAAUGACGCAUCAGCGCUCUUACAGCCUCCCCCCUCAGAGGGAGGAGCUAGAGGGGUGCCAGCGCUGUAGCCUGAGCCAGCUCCAGGAACGCCCCUUUUCACAAGUCACGCCCAGUCCCCGGUUCACACGCAGGACCUUCCGGCCGGUGGCUCCACAACAUAGAGAGAGAGACACACCCACUCAUUAUGACAACUCACUGCCCCCUCUACCACCAUCAGACAACCAAGCCAGGCUAUGCAACAUGGAUGAUCAAGAUCGCCCUGCUGUGUUGAAGCCCAUCUCUCAUAGACAGCAGAGGGCUGGUGCUGAGUGGGAGAGAACUCCAUCUCCCAGGGUGCAUAGCGUCUCAGCCCUCCCCACCAUAGAGAAUGGUGCUAUCUCUCUCGAGUCCUACUUUGCUAUGAGCUACGAGCAGCAGCAACAGCUACAGAACAGUAGAAGAUUCCGGAAUCAUCCCCACAACAACAAUAACAACAAACAACAAUUGGAACCCGACUUGGAACUGGAACCAGGUUUUAGCCCGAGCUCCGCCCAGAGCUUGGAACAGGAAGUGGACAUCCCCAUGGAAACAGACAUUGACGAUUUCCAGGAGGAGGGGCUUCCUGAGGAUGAAGAGCCGAUCAGGACAGAGCUCCAGUGUUUUGCUCUGCCCGUCACGGUUCUGGAGACAGACAUCGAUACGCUGCCUGACCAGGAGGCCUCGCAGGCGGGUAGGAAGAUUGCAGAGAGUGGGUCCCUGGAUGGGGAGAUGGAGGACCAGGGGAUGGGGACCAGAGAGGGACUCAUGGAGGAGCUAUUCCCCCAGAGCGGUGAGGGCAAGGCGGGCACAGAGAGAUGGAGAGGGGCCUACUGUAGCUCAAAGUCUGAGAAAAACACUGACAGCCUGGAUAGGCAUUCUGGUGCCAGCUCCAGUUGUUCGUCCUAUUAUUCUACCUCAGCAGCCAAGGCUCAGCUUCUCACUCAGAUGAAAGACUACUGCUCAGAUGCCAGAGAUACUGACCAUGAUGACCAACUGUCUUAUAAGAAACAGUUGAUGGAAAGUCUCCGUAAGAAGCUAGGAGUUCUGAGAGAAGCACAGAGAGGUCUACAAGAAGAUAUACGGGCUAACACACAGCUGGGAGAAGAGGUUGAGAGCUUGGUUGUAGUGGUCUGUAAACCCAACGAGGUGGAUAAGUUCAGGAUGUUUAUCGGGGACCUGGAUAAGGUUGUCAGUCUGCUGCUGUCUCUCUCUGGUCGGCUACUGAGGGUGGAGAGCUCCCUGGCCAACCUGGACGCUGAGACUGGACACCACGAGAGGCUCCUCCUCCUGGAGAAGAAGCGACAGCUACAGGUCCAGCUGUCUGAAGCUCAGGACCUGAAGGAACAUGUUGACCACAGAGAGCAGGCUGUAGGAAGGGUCCUGGGAAGAUGCCUCUCCCCAGAACAGCACCGUGACUACAGCCACUACGUGAAGAUGAAGGCAGCAUUACUGGUGGAACAGAGACAGCUGGAGGAGAAAAUCAGACUGGGAGAGGAGCAGUUAAGGGGGCUGAGGGAGAGUCUGGGGUUGGGGUUAGGGCUGUCCAUGGGCUAUGGACACUAUUAAACCAACCAGGAAACCUUAAAGCUGGGGUUAGGGCUGUCCAUGGGCUAUGGACACUAUUAAACCAACCAGGAAACCUUAAAGCUGGGGUUAGGGCUGUCCAUGGGCUAUGGACACUAUUAAACCAACCAGGAAACCUUAAAGCUGGGGUUAGGGCUGUCCAUGGGCUAUGGACACUAUUAAACCAACCAGGAAACCUUAAAGCUGGGGUUAGGGCUGUCCAUGGGCUAUGGACACUGUUAAACCAACCAGGAAACCUUAAAGCUGGGGUUAGGGCUGUCCAUGGGCUAUGGACACUAUUAAACCAACCAGGAAACCUUAAAGCUGGGGUUAGGGCUGUCCAUGGGCUAUGGACACUAUUAAACCAACCAGGAAACCUUAAAGCUGGGGUUAGGGCUGUCCAUGGGCUAUGGACACUGUUAAACCAACCAGGAAGGAAACCUUAAAGCUGGGGUUAGGGCUGUCCAUGGGCUAUGGACACUAUUAAACCAACCAGGAAACCUUAAAGCUGGGGUUAGGGCUGUCCAUGGGCUAUGGACACUAUUAAACCAACCAGGAAACCUUAAAGCUGGGGUUAGGGCUGUCCAUGGGCUAUGGACACUGUUAAACCAACCAGGAAACCUUAAAGCUGGGGUUAGUGCUGUUCAUGGGCUAUGGACACUAUUAAACCAACCAGGAAACCUUAAAGCUGGGGUUAGGGCUGUUCAUGGGCUAUGGACACUAUUAAACCAACCAGGAAACCUUAAAGCUGGGGUUAGGGCUGUCCAUGGGCUAUGGACACUAUUAAACCAACCAGGAAACCUUAAAGCUGGGGUUAGGGCUGUCCAUGGGCUAUGGACACUGUUAAACCAACCAGGAAACCUUAAAGCUGGGGUUAGGGCUGUCCAUGGGCUAUGGACACUAUUAAACCAACCAGGAAACUUUAAAGCUGGGGUUAGGGCUGUCCAUGGGCUAUGGACACUAUUAAACCAACCAGGAAGGAAACCUUAAAGCUGGGGUUAGGGCUGUCCAUGGGCUAUGGACACUAUCACAUUGACAUGGGAAGAGCCUCAGUCUUGGCUUGGGUGGUUGGUCUAGAAAUAGAGGAGAUCGUUGUUGGACUGGUUAGGGAUGGGACAUGGGAGGAUGGGCCUGGGGCAUGGGCUUUACUGAAAGGCCAGGAAGAAGAGAAGGUUAGUGGGUUAUGGGAGAGCCUGGGCUUGGAGAUGGGCCUGGGGUAUAGGCACUAUGGGGAGACAGCCAUCCUACACACUGAGACCCUACAGGAUGGGGAUAUGGGUACCACUGAACAACCCCAGUACGUCCUAAAAAAAAAGUGCUGCCCAACUUUUCAAAAAACACUUCAGUCCAUUUUUCUUGACACUCAAAACUUAUUGAGAGUGUUUUAAGUCUUCACUUGGUAGUAUUGGUGAAUUAAAAACACACACCUACCCUUUGGUGUUACAUUGGGGAUCAUUAACUCACCGACAUGAUCCUCACAAUCACACACACACUACGUGGUGAUGGACGUUGUUGUUGUUUAGUGAGCGUGUGUUCCUGAAGAGGCCUGGAGAAAGUAUUUAUUUAUUUAUAACUUCUCUGUAGACGACAGGGAGACUGGGGUGCUAGAAGAGUAUUUAUCUGUUAAACUGUUGAACCUAAUCAAAUAAUCUGUGCAGAAAAAGAGAGAAAAGCUCCUUCUUUCUCUCCACUCAUAAUCCAUUAUGUCCCAAUAUUAUCUCUACCAUACUACUUAGCAUCCAUGGACAACACAUUAUUCACUACAUACUCAGUAGUUUACAAUAUCCACUCAUAAUCCAUUAUGUCCCAAUAUUAUCUCUACCAUACUACUUAGCAUCCAUGGACAACACAUUAUUCACUACAUACUCAGUAGUUUACAAUAUCCACUCAUAAUCCAUUAUGUCCCAAUAUUAUCUCUACCAUACUACUUAGCAUCCAUGGACAACACAUUAUUCACUACAUACUCAGUAGUUUACAAGUGUGAAUGUUGAGAUCCCGAUGACAUACAGUUGAAGUCGGAAGUUUACAUACACCUUAGCCAAAUACAUUUAAACUCAGUUUUUUCACAAUUCUUGACAUUUAAUCAGAGUAAAAACUCUGUCUUAGGUCAGUUAGGAUCACCACUUUUAGAAGGUGAAAUGUCAGAAUAAUAGUAGAGAGAAUGAUUUCUUUCAGCUUUUAUUUCUUUCAUCACAUUCCCAGUGGGUCAGAAGAUUACAUACACUCAAUUAGUAUUUGGUAGCAUUGCCUUUAAAUUGUUUAACUUGGGUCAAAUGUUUCGGGUAGCCUUCCACAAGCUUCCCACAAUAAGUUGGGUGAAUUUUGGCCCAUUCCUCCUGACAGAGCUGGUGUAACUGAGUCAGGUUUGUAGACCUCCUUGCUCGCGCACACUUUUUCAGUUCUGCCCACAAAUGUUCUAUUGGAUUGAGGUCAGGGCUUUGUGAUGGCCACUCCAAUACCUUGACUUUGUUGUCCUUUAGCCAUUUUGCUACAACUUUGGAAGUAUGCUUGGGGUCAUUGUCCAUUUGGAAGACCCAUUUGCGACCAAGCUUUAACUUCUUGAGAUGUUGCUUGAAUAUAUCCACAUAAUUUUCCAUCCUCAUGAUGCAAUCUAUUUUCUGAAGUACACCAGUCCCUCCUGCAGCAAAGCACCCCUACAACAUGAUGCUGCCACCCCCGUGCUUCAAGGUUGGGAUGGUGUUCUUCGGCUUGCAAGCCUCCCCCUAUUUCCUCCAAACAUAACGAUGGUCAUUAUGGCCAAACAGUUCUAAUUUUGUUUCAUCAGACCAGAGGACAUUUCUCCAAAAAGUAUGAUCUUUUCUCCCCAUGUGCAGUUGAAAACCGUAGUCUGACUUUUUUAUGGCGGUUUUGGAGCAGAGGCUUCUUGCUUGCUGACGGCCUUUCAGGUUAUGUCGAUAUUGGACUCGUUUUACUGUGGAUAUAGAUACUUUUGUACCUAUUUCCUCUAGCAUCUUCACAAGGUCAUUUGCUGUUGUUCUGGGAUUGAUUUGCACUUUUUGCACCAAAGAACGUUCAUCUCUAGGAGACAGAACGCAUCUCCUUCCUGAGCGGUAUGACGGCUGUGUGGUCCCAUGGUGUUUAUACUUGUGUACUAUUGUUUGUACAGAUGAACGUGGUACCUUCAGGCGUUUGGAAAUUGCUUCCAAGGAUGAACCAGACUUGUGGAGGUCUACAAUUUUCUUUCUGAGGUCUUGGCUGAUUUCUUUUGAUUUUCCCAUGAUGUCAAGCAAAGAGGCACUGAGUUUGAAGGUAGGCCUUGAAAUACAUCCACAGGUACACCUCCAAUUGACUCAAAUUAUGUCAAUUAGCCUAUCAGAAACUUUUAAAGCCAUGACAUAAUUUUCUGGAAUUUUCCGAGCUGUUUAAAGGCACAGUCAACUUAGUGUAUGUAAACCUCUGACCCACUGGAAUUGUGAUACAGUGAAUUAUAAGUGAAAUCAUCUUUCUGUUAACAAUUGUUGGAAAUAUGCCUUGUGUCAUGCACAUAGUAGAUGUCCUAAACGACUUGACAAAACUAUAGUUUGUUAACAACAAAUUUGUGGAGUGGUUUAAAAAUGAGUUUUAAUCAAAUCAAAUCAAAUUUAUUUAUAUAGCCCUUCGUACAUCAGCUGAUAUCUCAAAGUGCUGUACAGAAACCCAGCCUAAAACCCCAAACAGCAAGCAAUGCAGGUGUAGAAGCACGGUGGCUAGGAAAAACUCCCUAGAAAGGCCAAAACCUAGGAAGAAACCUAGAGAGGAACCAGGCUAUGUGGGGUGGCCAGUCCUCUUCUGGCUGUGCCGGGUGGAGAUUAUAACAGAACAUGGCCAAGAUAAGGUCCUUCUGUAGCUCAGUUGGUAGAGCAUGGCGCUUGUAACGCCAGGGUAGUGGGUUCGAUUCCCGGGACCACCCAUACGUAGAAUGUAUGCACACAUGACUGUAAGUCGCUUUGGAUAAAAGUGUCUGCUAAAUGCCAUAUAUUAUUAUUUAUUAUAUUAUAUUCAAAUGUUCAUAAAUUACCAGCAUGGUCGAAUAAUAACAAGGCAGAACAGUUGAAAUGACUCCAACCUAAGUGUAUGUAAACUUCCGACUUCAACUGUAUGAUCCAGAUACCUACAUCGCAUCUUACACCCUGGGGUUCGACACUUCCCCUACACUACCACCACACCACGUCUUGGAGGAUGUAUAUUGGUGUAGAGUAAAGUUUCCCCUAGAAGCUGAUCCUGUGUCAGUGUUCUAUUUUCCCCACAAAUGGUUAAGGUGAUGAUUUGGUGACGGGAAGCUGAUCCUAGACCUAUACCUAGGGGAAACUUCAUCCCGGAGUUUUAACACUACCACACCACGUCUUAAGAGUGUUUAUUCAUGCAUUCGUUGUUGUUGUUUAUUAUUACAUGUUGUGUACAGUGAUAUCCAUUUGGUAUAACUGGAAUCCAUCCUUGUGGUGUAAAUAUGUCCUGAGAAGUUCAUCCAUAUGUCAACUAAUGUCAUCUGUAUGUCAACUAAUGUAAUCUGUAUGUCAACUAAUGUAAUCUGUAUGUCAACUAAUGUCAUCCUUAUGUCAACUAAUGUCAUCCUUAUGUCAACUAAUGUCAUCCUUAUGUCAACUAAUGUCAUCCUUAUGUCAACUAAUGUCAUCCUUAUGUCAACUAAUGUUAUCUGUAUGUCAACUAAUAUUAUCUGUAUGUCAACUAAUGUCAUCCAUAUGUCAACUAAUGUCAUCCUUAUGUCAACUAAUGUCAUCCUUAUGUCAACUAAUGUCAUCCUUAUGUCAACUAAUGUCAUCCUUAUGUCAACUAAUGUCAUCUGUAUGUCAACUAAUGUCAUCUGUAUGUCAACUAAUGUCAUCCUUAUGUCAACUAAUGUCAUCUGUAUGUCAACUAAUGUCAUCUGUAUGUCAUCUACAGUAUAUGUCAUAUGGCAAAGUUCAUCCAAAUACAAUUGUGACCAUUUUUUUUUAAAAGUGUCUUAUUGGCCGUUUGACCAAAGCAUGCACGAGGACACACAAACAAGACAACGCUGCUCCGUUGAUGAAAAUAUUACCGCUUAAGAAGAGCUGACCAUACUUACUGUAGAUUGCUGUUUAAAUUUCAAUGCCAAAGGAAUAUGUAUACUUGUUUUGUUGAAAGUGACACAGAACAUCCAUGCUGUGUUGGGUUUUACUGUAUGUGUCCCAAAAGGGACCCUCUUCCCUACAUUGAACACGACGGGCCCUGGUCAAAAGUAGUGCACUAUGUAGGGAAAAGGGUCCCGUUUGGGACGAGGCCUGUGUAUAUUGACAUGUAUUACAGCCUACUGUACUGUUUAUCGUUGUAUUAUAAAAUCUCGCAAUUAUAGGGUUGGGACCAAUCCAAACGUACAGUUAAAUUGAAAAUUCACUUAGUCAGGUUAGGAUUUACUCCUGAAUCUAGAAUUAUACGGCUGUGUAUUUUGUUUUCUAUGUUAUUUUUAUUUGAUUUAUUGCAAAAAAAUCUUUUUGUAAAAAAACAUGUGAGACGAGUACCAUAAUUAAUAAUACUAUUUCAACUACCGUG